UGGAAUUGGAAUAAAAUUUCGAAUCAACCCCUAUAUAAAUGAAGGCCCUGCUCUGCUCCAACACAACUCGAGCAACCUUCACAUCCCCCUCUUUCCCCCUUCAUCUCUUCUUCCUCAUCUUUCACUCCACAAAGACAAAACCAGACCUUCUCUGUUUUCCUGUAGAGGGCGUAGAAGAGGAGGGAAAACGGCGCCGAGUGGUACAGAGAUGGCGGGAAAUGAGUGGAUUAAUGGCUACCUCGAGGCCAUACUGGACGCCGGACCCAAACAGCCUCUCCGGCUCCGUGACCGCAACUUCUCCUUCUCUGCCCUCAAACAGCUGGUGGUUCGCUCCGCCAGCAGCGGCGGUGGCGGCGUGGAAAGAUACAGCCCCACCAAAUACUUCGUCGAGGAGGUCGUCAGCCGGUUCGACGACGCCGACCUCCACAAGACCUGGACCAAGGUGGUGGCCACGAGGAAUAGCCAGGAGCGGAACAAUCGGCUGGAGAAUAUGUGCUGGAGGAUAUGGCAUCUGGCACGCAAAAAGAAGCAGAUACAGUGGGAGGAGGCGCAGCGGCUGUCGAAGAAACGGCGGGAGCGGGAGCAGGGGAGCAAGGACGCCGCGGCGGACAUCUCGGAGCUAUCGGAGGGGGAGAAGGUAGAGCCUCCCAAGGACAGCAUGCCUCGAAUCAACUCGGAGAUGAAGAUGUGGUCGGAGGAUGAUCAGGACGGGAAGAGCAAGCAUCUCUACAUCGUUUUGAUCAGCUUGCAUGGACUGAUACGUGGGGAGAACAUGGAAUUGGGAAGGGAUUCGGACACCGGAGGACAGGUGAAGUACGUGGUGGAAUUGGCACGAGCACUGGCGGCCACCAACGGCGUCUAUCGUGUGGACCUCCUGACUCGCCAGAUCUCCUCUCCUGACGUGGACUGGACCUACGGUGAGCCGGUCGAGAUGCUGACUCGUCUCUCUGACGUGGAUCGAUCCACCAACAAUGACGGCUGCGGAGCCUACAUAAUUCGCCUUCCGUGUGGACCCCGAGAAAGGUAUAUACCCAAGGAGUCGCUGUGGCCUCACAUUCCCGAGUUCGUGGAUCGGGCCUUGGCCCACAUAGCCAACGUGUCCCGAGUACUAGCCGACCAGGUGGCGGAGGUGGACGGCGGCGUCGGAGGCGGAAAGCCGAUUUGGCCGUACGUGAUACAUGGGCACUAUGCCGAUGCAGGGGAGGUGGCGGCCCGGUUGGCCGGUUUGCUCAACGUGCCAAUGGUGAUGACGGGCCAUUCGUUGGGCCGAAACAAGCUGGAGCAGCUCCUGAAGCAAGGGAGGCUCAGCCGGGAGGACAUCAAUUCCACUUACCGGAUCAUGAGGAGAAUCGAGGGCGAGGAGGUCGCGCUCGACGCGGCGGAGAUGGUCGUCACGAGCACCCGGCAGGAGAUCGAAGAGCAGUGGGGGUUGUACGAUGGAUUCGAUCUGAAACUGGAGAGGAAACUGAGGGUGAGGAGGAGGAGAGGCGUCGGUUGCCUUGGGCGUUACAUGCCGAGGAUGGUGGUGAUACCACCAGGGAUGGAUUUCAGCUACGUGAACACGCAGGAAUUGAUGGAAGGCGAUGGGGACCUCUCAUCUUUGAUCGGCUCUGACGGAGCUCCAAGCAGAAGGGAUCUGCCUCCGAUAUGGUCUGAGAUAAUGAGGUUCUUUACCAAUCCUCACAAGCCGAUGAUCCUUGCACUGUCUCGGCCGGACCCGAAGAAGAACGUGAUGACUCUGUUAAAGGCAUUCGGCGAGUGCAGCCGUCUCCGGGAGCUCGCUAAUUUGACACUGAUACUGGGCAACAGAGACGACAUCGAAGAGAUGUCCGGCAGCAGCGCAGCUGUUCUUACCACGGUGCUCAAGCUGAUCGACAGGUACGAUCUAUACGGUCUGGUGGCCUACCCCAAGCAUCACAAACAGUCUGAUGUCCCCCACAUCUAUCGCCUGGCAGCGAAGACCAAGGGAGUCUUCAUCAAUCCAGCUCUCGUAGAACCUUUUGGCCUUACUCUCAUAGAGGCAGCUGCUUAUGGUUUACCAGUGGUUGCAACCAAGAAUGGAGGACCUGUGGACAUUCUGAAGGUGCUCAACAACGGGGUUUUGGUGGAUCCGCACGACCAAAGCGCGAUAUCGGACGCGCUGCUGAAGCUGGUGGCCGACAAGUCGCUCUGGUUCGACUGCCGCCGCAAUGGCCUCAAGAACAUCCACCGCUUCUCGUGGCCGGAGCACUGCCGCUCCUACCUCUCCCACGUCGACCACUGCCGCGCCCUCAGCGGCCACCCGUCGUCCUCCCCCUGCCUCGACCUCCCUCCCACCGCCGCCGCCCUCGAGCCCAUGAGCGAAUCCCUCCGCGACGUCGGCGACGACCUCUCCCUCCGGUUCUCCCUCGACGCCCCCCUCGACCUCGCUAACCCUCCCACGGCCAACAGCGACAUGGGGCCUGCGGCCAUCCUCGAAGCCCUCCGCCGCCACCGCUGCAGCCCCCACGCCGCCGCAGUCAACGACCACGCCCCCGGCCGCAGGCAGCGCCUCGUCGUCGUCGCCGUCGAUUGCUACAGCGAGGACGGCCGUCCGGCCCUCUCCGACCUCAGGCGCGUCCUCGAUGCGGCCAUGGCCGUCGGCAGGGGGCGGGUCGGGUACGUGUUCGCCACGGGGUCCACCACCGCGGAGGCCGUGGAGGCGCUGAAGUGCUGCCACGUUGAUCCCGGCGAGUUCGACGCGCUCGUGUGUGGGAGCGGGAGCGACGUGUACUACCCGUGGCGGGAUCCGCCGGAGGACGUGGACUACGGCGAGCACGUGGAGUACAAGUGGCCGGCGGAGCACGUCAAGUCCGCUGUGCCGCGCCUUGCGCAGCUGGAUGAGGCUCCCGAAGGCGAUCUGACGGUCGACGAUGCGGCCUGCCGUCCCCAUUGCCUCGCGUACUCGGUCAAAGCCGUCGACAGAGUUCGCAAGAUCGACGCCAUUCGCCAAAGGCUUCGGAUGCGAGGCUUUCGUUGCAACUUGGUAUACACACGGGCAAGCACACGGCUCAACGUCGUCCCCCUUUUCGCGUCAAGGGCAUCCGCCUUGAGGUACCUAUCGAUACGAUGGGGCGUCGACCUCUCGAAGAUUAUGGUGCUCGUGGGAGCGAAAGGGGAUACCGAUCACGAGCAGCUCUUUCCGGGCAUGCACAGAACCCUAGUCGUUAAAGACGUGGUUGCUCAUGGCUCUGAGAAGCUUCUGCGCGACGAGGACAACUACGAGACAGAGGAUGUGGUGCCAACACAGAGUUCAGACGUCGUCUCUCAACCUGAAGAUCGUAUUGCCUCAGAAAUCACAAGUUUUAUGGAGAAAAAUUGAUCUUAUAUAGUAUAAAUAUUAUAUAAAUAUUAACCAAUUUACAAACUUCACCUUAACGGGCAAACACAAAUGUGAAUGGAGCUAUAGACGUAUAGAAUAAAGGGUUAAAUGCCCAUGUAAUUUUGGUUAUAAAUUAAAGUCUUUAUCAUAUUUAAAAUAA